AUGUUGUACACUAAAAAGCCUCUUGUAAAAGACAAGCGAUUACCUGGAUAUAUCACUGGCUAUGUGAGACGCUUCUGGCAGCAAGGUGGCACCGGAAGUGAGCAAGUAUGGGGAGCAGCAUAUCACAUCGUUCCCUCAAAAGUGGAGGAAGUCAAAGACUAUCUGGACAUCCGAGAGAUCAACGGAUAUAGCGUGCAGUACACAACGUUCCAUGCUGCUCAUCCAGUCUCAAAGCAAAUUCGAUGUCUAGUAUAUAUUGGCAUGCCAGACAACCCCCAAUUCCUGGGUGCUCUGCAUCCUCAAGAUGUUGCUGAAAGGAUCAAUCAAAGUGUUGGCCCGAGUGGAGAGAACCGAGAGUAUUUGUUGCAGUUGGAAGAGAGUUUGAAAGACCUCAGCACAGAAAGUGGAGACGUGCAUAUCAGUGACCUAGCAAGAAGGGUAAGGAGUAUGGAGCCCAGAAAAGGACGUCCAUAUGGAAGUCAAGAUCUCAACCCCCACAAGAUAAGCAGUACUGAAGAGCAAGAAGAGAUAGAAAAGGCGUCUUGA